ACCUUCCCAUUGGCUUGAAGAGGAUAAGAGAUAUCUAUCCUCGUAGUCUUCAUCAAAUUAAACACCGUUGUGCUGCAUCCUUCCCUGCCAUUGCACUCCAUCCAUCGCUGUGCCACAUAGCUAAAUCCAUGGCAACGGUAUUGGCUGGCAUCAGCAUCUCCAUCCCAAGAGUCCUCGUCUCCACGAAGGCAGAGCUCCCCAAGCCGCCAUUGUCCCGCACGAGGCUCCUCCCAUGGACCAGCGGCCACCGAGUGAACUCCCGCCGUGCGGGUCUCGUCGCCAGCGCGCCCUCGACGCCACCCAACAUCUCGGAGAAGGUGGCGGAAAGCAUAAAGAACGCAGAGGCGACGUGCGCGGAAGAUGCCGCCAGCGGAGAGUGCGCCGCGGCGUGGGAUGAGGUCGAGGAGCUGAGCGCGGCGGCCAGCCACGCCAGGGACAAGCUCAAGGUCGACGACCCCCUCGAGAGCUUCUGCAAGGACAGCCCUGAUAACGAGGAGUGCCGCACCUACGAGGAUUAGAAGAGGGAGAGGUAAAGCAGCAGUCAUCCAUCCAUCUGUCAGAGGUAUCAGGAAAAGUUCAGCUAUUAUUUUUGUGUUCCUUGUUUCAUCCUCUUUGUAUGAACACUUGAUCUUAGUUGGCGUUCAGUAGAUUAAAAUGAGCCAUUCUCCCUAUAGGAUUCAUGAUCAACACAGCCAUUGUUGUUUGAUCAAAUAGUUGUCAUUUUGGUUUCGAUACCGUCGUGUUACGAUUUUUAAAUCAAAGAGGAUUCUGAGUUAUUAUUAAUUUAA